AAUGUCAGAAAUUAGAGCUAAAAAAUCUGGUUUGGCUGCGGAGGCGCAACAAAAAGUUCAUGGCAAAUUUGAUUCUCGAUUUGCUCAACAAAUUUUUGGAUGGAUUUCUAAUGUUACUGGUGAGACGUUGCCAACAACUGGAGAUAUUAAUGAAUUUAUUUCAACUUUGAAAGAUGGAGUUCUGCUUUGCAAACUUGCAAAUACGCUAUCACCUAAUUCAAUUAAGAAGGUCAACACCAGCACUUUGGCAUUCAAACAAAUGGAAAAUAUCUCGUUCUUUUUGUCGUUUGUAGGGAAUUAUGUCGGCAAAAACGAGCUUUUCCAGACGGUUGAUUUAUAUGAGGGACAAGACCCAAACUCCGUUCUUGUUUGUUUGGCAGCGUUGGCACGUAAAUCUGAGAAAGUUUUUGGAAAGCCCGGACUUGGCCCAAAGGAAGCUGAGGGCGAAAAAAGACAAUGGACUCCACAUCAACUUAAAGCUGGUGAAACAAUUAUUGGACUUCAAGCUGGGUCGAACAAGGGAGCUACUCAAAGUGGAAUGAUUAUGGGCAACACUCGACAUAUGUAA